AUGGAGGCACAACAGCACUUUGAUGAGUUUGAUACUAAUUACAAAGAAGAAGUGGCGGUUGUUGAUGAGAUACAUUCGGGGAGCUUCAAAGGAUUCAAUCUACAUGAAGACACUUUUGGGGUUGGAACUGGUGCUCCUGUCUAUUUGGCUGCAGUUCCUGAGUACUUGGUAGCUGAGGUUUUGAAGCUGGCUGGGAAUGCUGCUAGAGACAAUAAGAAGUCCCACAUCAUUCCAAGGCAUGUUCUUUUAGCUGUGAGAAAUGAUGAAGAGCUUGGGAAAUUACUAGCUAGUGUGACAAUUUCAAGUGGUGGUGUUUUGCCAAACAUAAACUCUGUUCUCUUGCCUAAGAAGUCUAAGAAAGGGAAGUCUAAGGAAGCUUCAAAAUCUCCAAAAAAAAAAAGGAUUGAUUGGGUUGGGAUGAAUGCUUUUUAA